CAACGUCGUGGUUCCUUUGUCAAUCUUUUUCCCCUCCUCGCUCUCUGUAUUAGCUUGGAGGUCAUUGCAAGUAGGUUGGAAGGUCUAUUAGCUAUUACUCUCUCACCACUCUCUCUGCAACGUGUUUUGCACGUCUUUGUUUCUUCUUUCCCUCAGUCGGCUCAAAUGAGAAAGAUGGAUUCUCGGUUCAUGUGAGAAGCUUCGCGCUGCCCGUGCGCUUCCUUGAGUCGGAGGAGCUCACAGAGUGGAGCUUUUGAGCCCUUCGAGAAGUUCGUGAACCCGAGCCCUUUCCAAGAAACGUCGGUACCGAUGGGCUGCAGCUGGAGCAAAAGUGGGUCGAUACCUCAAACACCAUGUGUCACCAUGUGGGUGAUUAAAGUCUCGGACUUUCUGGACAUGGAUUUUCCUUUACCCCAACAUGAGGAAUGUCUUGCAGCUGGCCUUCUGCAUCGCGCCAACAAAUCGGUGUGGUGCAUUUUUGUAUCACACCAAUGGCUCGGGAAGAGACACCCGGACCCGGGUGGACAUCAAUUUAAAGUCUUGCAAGAUGCCUUGAGAAAUGUCAUUGCAGGGACCACCAAGGUGUCGCGAGAUAUCGCGAGCGAGUUCUACGGGGAUUCUCAUAGCAUGUCAGAUGAGGAUCGAGGACGACUACGUAACGCCUACCUGUGGCUGGACUGGCUCAGUGUUCCUCAGCAUCGAGUUGCCGUUGACCAAGUCUCCGAUCUUCCUGAUUCGAUGCUAUCCCACAGAGCUGUUCUGGAGAAACGUGGACGGCUUACAACGCAGGAUGUGCACAUUUUGUCCAUUCCUGAUUAUGUACAGUACUCGGAUGUGUUUCUGGCUUUGACCCCAGUCUUGCCUCACAAUGACACUGGUGAGCGGUGCAACUACUGCAGCUGGUUCGAGCGAGGUUGGUGUCGGAUGGAAAUGUGGUGCAAGAUGCUCUCGGAGAAAGCCAGCAGCGCCAGCAUGCCGAUGAUCGUGGUCUCAGCGCCCGACCGAGUGACCCUCGAAACGCCUCUCCACUGGACGGAUCGUCCUCCACAUGAAGGAAGGGUCACCUUCGAAGCGGAUCGUGCGGUGAUCUUUUCCAUCAUGAAGCAUCUGCUCCAGCAGAGGCUCAAGUUCCUGGCAAUGCAAAACAAGAAAGACAGCUACUACUACCUCUUGGCAAAGUACGAGACCAUGCUAGGCUUGCCAAGGUGUGAACGAUCUUUAUCAGAUUUCCUGGUGUACUUCGGCUUUGGCUCCAAUCUUGCAUCUGCGAAGAAGUGCAAUAGGAACAUUGGGCCCAUGGCAUGUGCAGUGAUCUCCGGAGAUUGGGCGAUCAUCCCCAAACUUCACGAGAAUGGUUUCUCUGUAAACAUCCAUUUGAAGCCCAUGAUCGAUGUGCGAAUUAUGUCAAGCCUUACUCUCGUACAUUUGGCCGUUGAUGUGAGUUGGAGGCAGCCUAAAGUAUUGGAAACCUUAUUGAAGCUGAAAGCAGAUCCCAAUUCCACAGAUGAUGUCGGCUAUCCCGUCCUGGGCUUCUGUCGGACGCAACGCGAUGUGGAAUUGCUCGUGGCGAGCAGAGCGGACGUGAACCUGCGAAAUGCUCCAUCCAAGCAACUGGCAAUCAGUGUGGCUUGUGAGUAUUGUCAACCGCCAGAGGUGAUUUCGAAGUUGUUGGCCUGUGGCUCCCUCAUCGAUCCACCUGACAACGGCGGCUUGGGCUGUCCUCAUCCACUGGCUUUCUUGAGUAUUUGGGCGACCGCAAACCCGGAUGUCUUGGAGGUGGCUCAGAUGCUCAUUUCAGCCAGAGCUGACGUGAACCAACAAUGUGUGGCCAGUGGAUACUGGCGAGCACUCGAAAUGGCAAGUCGAGCCUAUCUCCAAGUUUGCGAUUCCUCUUCCACCUUGGUGCACUACUUCGCCGAAUGGAGUACGACACCUUUGGGAAUGGCUUGCUUUUUUGGCAGUGAAGAACUGGUUGAUCUUCUCCUCACCGCACGGGCAGAUCCACAUCGCCGCAACCGUCGUGGGCACACGCCCAUACAGUUAGCGCAAACACAAAGAGUUUUAGAAGUGAUUGAUGCCAGGCUAGCACAUUCACAAGCUGAUCGGUCAAGCUGUUCAGCCUUUUCCGUCUAGCCAGUUUUAAGAGCCAGUUAGGUUGGAGGCCAUCGCUAAUCAAUCUUCGAAUUCGGACUGAGCUCGCCAAGCGAGGCUGCGCCGAAAGCUUCGACUUCGGCUUUCGCGACUUUCCAAACACCGUUUCUUGACACCUGACCGAAAAAAUAUGGCGGAUGCUUUUCGGGCAGCGUCCCAUCUUCCAAGCAGUUCAAAUGCAAAAC